CUCUCCUCUCCUCUGCUCUCAUCUCCUCUCCCCGAUGUUUGUUUGCCUAUUAUGGGGGAAAUCCUUAACUGAAUUGCGUCAGAGCUACGUCAAUGGGCUCUCAGUGCAUUGAUGCUGAGGAUAGAGGCGGCCAUAUUCAUCUAUGGGAGAGGAACAUAACAGCUGCUCGGUUACCAUAUGGUCCUGUCAAACCAACUGUCCCGACCCCGGUGUCUGAUCUUCCCCGGGCAGUAGGCGCCGGUGACCCGGUUCUGGCUCGUUCCCGACCGUGAAGGCAGAAUCUCCAGUCGGUUAUCAGCGGGGGGAGAUUCGGCUUGGAGCGGCGGUCUAGCUCCGACUACGAUGCCGUUCUCCCAGCCGCUCGAAAUGGAGGUGACCAGCGUUAGUAGUGAGGUCAAUGGUCACCAGAUCCUGGAUGAGCCCAUGGACGAGGGAGAGUCUUUCACGCAUUGUGACGAGGGUGCGUCAUAUUCAGAGAUCCCUAUCACCCACCAUGUGAAGGAGGGGUGUGAGAAGGCUGACCCGAGGCAGUUUGAGUUGCUUAAGGUCCUGGGACAGGGAUCGUUCGGAAAGGUGUUUCUGGUCCGGAAAAUCAUGGGUCCAGACGAGGGUCAGUUAUAUGCAAUGAAAGUCCUCAAGAAGGCUUCGUUGAAAGUCAGGGACAGAGUUCGCACCAAGAUGGAGCGAGACAUUCUAGUGGAGGUCAACCACCCCUUCAUAGUCAAGUUGCACUACGCCUUCCAGACCGAAGGGAAGCUCUAUUUAAUCCUGGACUUUCUCAGGGGAGGAGAUGUCUUCACGCGCUUAUCCAAAGAGGUUAUGUUUACAGAGGAAGAUGUCAAAUUCUACCUAGCAGAGCUGGCUCUGGCCCUCGACCACCUGCACCAUCUGGGCAUAGUUUACAGAGACCUCAAACCAGAGAACAUUUUAUUAGAUGAAGCUGGCCACAUCAAGUUAACAGACUUUGGGCUGAGUAAGGAGUCAGUGGAUGUUGAUAAAAAGGCCUAUUCAUUCUGUGGGACGGUGGAGUACAUGGCUCCUGAGGUCGUCAACAGAAGAGGACACAACCAGAGUGCUGACUGGUGGAGUCUAGGAGUACUCAUGUUUGAGAUGCUGACCGGAACGUUACCAUUCCAGGGCAACGACCGCAAUGAGACCAUGAACAUGAUCCUCAAAGCUAAGUUAGGGAUGCCUCAGUUCAUGAGUCUAGAAGCCCAGAGUCUGCUGAGAAUGCUGUUUAAACGCAACCCUGCUAACCGCCUGGGGGCUGGGGCUGAUGGGGUGGAGGAGAUCAAACGUCACGCCUUCUUCUCAACCAUCGACUGGAACAAGCUCUACAGGACAGAGCUCCAGCCUCCGUUCAAACCAGCAGCAGGGAAGCCUGACGACACGUUCUGCUUCGACCCAGAGUUCACCGCUAAAACACCCAAAGACUCCCCAGGGAUUCCUCCCAGUGCGAACGCCCAUCAGCUGUUUAAAGGGUUCAGCUUCGUGGCUCCAGCCUCUCUGGAUGACAACAAGGGCUCUCCUCUCCUCAGCAUCCUACCGAUAGUACAGAUGCAUGGUGGAUCGGCCCAGUUCUCAGACCUUUAUGAGCUUCAGGAGGAUAUUGGAGUUGGAUCGUAUUCGAUCUGUAAACGCUGUGUACACAGAGUGUCUGCAAUGGACUACGCUGUCAAGAUAAUAGAUAAGGGGAAGAGGGAUCCAUCGGAGGAGAUUGAGAUUCUGAUGAGAUACGGACAACACCCCAACAUCAUCACACUCAAAGACGUGUAUGACGAGGGCAGGUAUGUGUAUGUGGUAACAGAACUGAUGAAGGGAGGAGAGUUACUGGAUAAGAUCCUCAGACAGAAGUUCUUCUCAGAGAGAGAAGCAAGCUCUGUUCUCUACACUAUAACCAAGACUGUCCACUACCUGCACUGUCAAGGGGUUGUCCAUAGGGACUUAAAGCCCAGUAACAUCCUAUAUAUGGACGAAAGUGGGAACCCUGAUUCUAUCAGGAUCUGUGACUUUGGUUUCUCCAAGCAGCUGAGAGGAGGAAACGGACUGCUACUAACACCCUGUUACACUGCUAACUUUGUUGCUCCAGAGGUGUUGAUGCGUCAGGGUUAUGAUGCAGCCUGUGAUAUCUGGAGUCUAGGAGUGUUGUUAUACACAAUGUUAGCAGGAUACACGCCAUUCGCUAACGGCCCCAAGGAUACACCUGAAGAGAUCCUGUUGAGGAUGGGGUCAGGGAAGUUUUCUCUAAGCGGGGGAAACUGGGACACGGUGUCUGACAGCUCCAAGGUACACACACUGUUAUCUAACAUGCUGCUUGUUGACCAGUCUGUUCUGUGUGUCUCGACCUUCCACUACAUGCUUUGA